AUGGUGCAGCGUCUCACUUAUCGCCGUCGUCACAGCUAUGCAACAAAAUCUAACCAGCACCGGGUUGUCAAAACCCCGGGUGGUAAACUUGUUUAUCAGACCACAAAGAAGAGAGCUAGUGGACCUAAGUGCCCUGUUACUGGCAAGAGAAUUCAAGGAAUUCCACACUUGAGGCCCACCGAAUACAAGAGAUCUAGGCUGUCUAGAAACCGUAGAACUGUGAACCGUGCAUAUGGUGGAGUUUUGUCAGGAGGUGCUGUUAGGGAAAGGAUCAUUAGAGCUUUCUUGGUUGAAGAGCAAAAAAUUGUGAAGAAGGUCCUUAAAAUUCAAAAGACAAAAGAAAAGCAGGCCUCAAAGGCUUGA